UCACAGUGGGCCCAAAAUAACAACUGCCAGAAUCGAAAAAAACUCUCCACUGUGCGGACGCGACGGAAGUGCGGUCGCUCUGUAUCUGAGCAUUAAAACCAAACGUUAAAUUUGUUUUUCGUUUCUUUGUUUCGUCGGAUUUUUGGAUUUUCCGUGGCGUGUGCUACUAAUCGUUCGUUAUCUAUUAGUGAAAAAAGAAGUCGAUGUAAAUAUUUAUUGUUUUCAUUUAAAACGGAGCCAAACAAUUGUGUGUAUGUGUGGUUGCCUGCGCUGUGUGUGUGUGAGUGUUUGGCUGAAAAAGUGAAAAUGCUAUUUGGGCCAUAAUUGUAUGAAAAUUCUUAGCAACAACAAAGCCGACACCUCGACAACAAAUAAUCGUGGCACAAAAAUGUGAAAAACAGCAAAUGAAAACGAAAAAAAGGUUCAGGCAAAGGCAAAGAAAUGAAAAAGUGAGCGGCGGUGGCGGCGGGUUUUUUCGGUUGCGUGGUAAAUGACCAGAGAGCCUGAUGAAGGCCUCAACUGCUGCGAGGCCAGUGAUGACGUCCGCCACGUGCCGGGCUUGGUGCUAAGAGCAGUUCUGGACUGGAAAGCUCUGCCAGAUUCCCAAUAAGGAUAAGAAGCCAUCGACAGCAGCGACCAGAGGACCAUACAUAUCCGAGGAGAUCGAGGCCAGGCCGAAGACGGUGACCUGAUGGUUGUGGCCUGCGAAGAUGCCCUCAGCGAACACCGAAGACUUGCGGCGAAAGUUUCUAGUGGUGCAGCAGCAGCGCUCCGCCCCACCCAACCUCUCCGGCGACAACCCACCACAACCGUCGACCCUGCCCCUGCCCCAUGCCUCUGCCACCACCAGCCUGAUGAUGACCACGCCCGCGGGCCUGGGAGGAGUAGCUGGCGAACCGGAGCGGACGUAUGUCUUUCCGGGCGGCAAUCCGGUCGUAGGUAGCGCCCCCGGCGGCGGCCAGGGCAUCCCCGGCGUGGCAGUCGCGGCUGCGUCGCGGGGACACGCCCGGUCCAUCAGCCACGGCGGAGGAGCCAUCGUGGCCGCCAAUGGCCGGCCCAUCAAGUCGGCCAUGAAGGGCCACCAGCGGGCCUUCUCCCAGGGCCAGAUCACCGACUCGCCCCCGGGCAGUGCGGCGCCCACGGGGCGGGGCCACAGCCGGGUUGGAUCCAAGACCGACUUCAUCCUGCCGCCGGGCCACAAGGAGGAGCCGGUGCGGGAGCCCUCGGCCCCCACCUCGGCGACGGGAGGACGCGGCCACUCCCGGCAGGCCUCCCGCUCCGAGUCGAUAUACACCCUCCGGCGGACGGAGGACCCGCCCUGGUGGAAGCGGUUCACGCUCUGCAACUACAAAACCAGCGACAAGUUCGAGGAGCGCAGCUACCGGAUGGUGGUGCCCAACCACACAGUGCCGCCGAAGACCCCCAAGCGGGACCACCCCAACGGCCACUUUGUCGGCAACAAGAUCCGGACGACCAAGUACACGCUGCUCUCGUUCAUCCCGAAGAACCUGCUGGAGCAGUUCCACCGCGUGGCCAACCUGUACUUCAUCUUCAUCGUCCUGCUGAACUGGGUGCCGGCGAUCAACGCCUUCGGCAAGGAGGUGGCCAUGAUCCCGGUGCUGUUCGUGCUCGGGGUGACGGCGGUGAAGGACUUGUUCGAGGAUCGGAGGCGGAGGGCAUCCGACAAGCGGAUCAACAACACCACCUGCAGGGUGUACGACGGGGAGACGGAGCGGUACAAGAAGGUGAAGUGGCAGGACCUGCGUGUCGGGGACAUCGUCCACCUGUCCAACAACGAAACAGUGCCGGCGGACAUCCUCCUGCUGCGGACAAGCGACCCCCAUGGGGUGUGCUACAUAGACACCUGCGACCUGGACGGGGAGACCAAUCUGAAGCGGCGCGAGGUUGUGCGCGGCUUCGAGGAGAUGCAGAGCAUUUUUGUGCCCAGCAAGUUUGUGAGUCGCGUGGAGGCGGAUGCGCCGACCACCAAGCUCUAUAGAUUCCAUGGGGCCUUAAUACAUCCGACUGGGGAGCGUGUGCCCAUCUCGACCGAGUGCCUUUUGCUGAGAGAAAGCAGACUGAAGAAUACGGACUACAUCGAGGGUAUCGUCGUCUACGCGGGACAUGAGACCAAGUCGAUGCUGAACAACAGUGGUCCGAGGUACAAGCGCUCCCAGGUGGAACAGCAAAUGAAUAUUGAUGUGAUAUGGUGUGUGAUAAUACUGUUGUUGCUGUGCGUGGUGGGCGCCAUCGGGUGCCGGAUGUGGCUCAGCUCCUUCACCAACUUCCCGGUGCCCUACCUGCCCUUCGAAGUGAACCCCGUUGUGGAGGGCAUGCUGACCUUCUGGACGUACAUCAUCAUCCUGCAGGUGAUGAUCCCCCUGUCGCUGUACGUCACCAUCGAGCUCUGCAAGAUCCUGCAGGUGUUCCACAUCCACAACAACAUCGACCUCUACGACGCCGACACCAACAAGCAAACUGAGUGCCGGGCCAUGAACAUCACGGAGGAACUGGGCCAGAUUCAGCACAUAUUCUCCGACAAGACGGGCACUCUCACCGAGAACAAGAUGAUUUUCCGGCGGUGCGUGGUCAACGGAGCGGACUACAACCACCCGCCCUCCGAGCUGGAAAAGAUGUACUCGAAGCCGGGAGCCCCGGCCCCGCCGCUGCUGCCCAACGACAAUCUGAUCAGUGACAUGGCGCAGCUGGCGCCGGGCUCCUACCUGGCGCCGCCGGCCCAGCGCAUCCAGGAGUUCCUCAUGGUGCUGGCCAUCUGCAACACGGUCAUCGUGGGCGCCGCCCCGCACCGGGACCUGAUGAACGCCAGCGGCAUAAUCGAGGUGCAGCAAACGGGCUGCAGCCCGGCGACCCUCAAGCUCACCAAGCAGCGGCAGAAGCUGCUGGCCAGCACCACCACCACCACCACGACCACCACGAUACUGAAUGGGCCGGCGCCCCAGCAGCCAGCCUCCAUUCCGGCAGAUCGCUACAUUCGGCUGGCGGAGUCACGAUCGGUGACGCCAUCGCCGCCGCCGAACCUGCUCUUCGCCCUGCCCGCCCAGAGCCACCAGCCCACUCUCUCGCCGAUCAGCAGCUCGGCCGAGUCGUCGCCCAACUCCGAGUCGGAGUCCCCCUCCCCGCCGAUGAAGAGCAAGGCGCUGUCAAACAGCAUAUCCCCGACGGGAAGGGCCAAGGCGGUCUUCAACUCGAAGAUCACCAGCAUAGCCACCUUCCUGAACGGCAAGACUCAGGGCAAGCGGAUGAAGAUGACGUCGACCAAGUCGGAGACGAUUUACAGAACAGCCGACGGAAGACCCUUGUACGAGGCCGAGAGCCCGGAUGAGCUGGCUCUGGUGAAUGCCGCCUACAGCUACGACUGCUGCCUGCUGAACCGCAGUCCCAACCACAUCCUGGUCAGCAUGCCCACCACUGGCACCCCGGUGGAGUACGAAAUACUCAAGAUCCUGCCCUUCGACUCCAGUCGCAAGUGCAUGUCGAUUGUGGUGCGGCGCACGGGAACCCAGGAGAUCGUGCUGUACACCAAGGGGGCCGACAGCUCCAUCAUGCCAGUGCUGGCACCCUGCCCCAACAACAGUCCCGAAGGCAUUCUGCGCGAGCAGACGCAGCAGCAGCUGGAUCGGUAUGCACGAGAGGGUCUGCGCAUCCUGGUGAUGGCCAAGAGGACCCUCAACUCCGCCGACUACACGGACUGGUGGGCGCGUCACCAGGAGAUCGAAAUGUCGCUGGAGAACCGCGAGCGCAGACUGCGCGACUCGUUCGCCAAGCUGGAGAGCAACUUGACGCUGCUCGGAGCAACGGGCAUUGAGGAUCGGCUGCAGGACGGAGUGCCCGAGACGAUAGCCUCGCUGCUGGCCGCCGGAGUCUCCGUGUGGGUGCUGACGGGCGACAAGCCCGAAACGGCCAUCAACAUAGCCUACUCCGCGAAGCUGUUCACCCAGCAAAUGGAGUUGAUCAAGCUAACGGCGCGAUCUCGGGAUGCUGCGGAGACGGCCAUAAACUUCUACCUGACUGACAUAGAGAAUGCCAAGACCACGUCCUCGCUGGGCUACGGCCAGACGCUGAGAAAGAAGCAACGGGCAUUGGUGGUGGACGGCAAGACCCUGACCUUCAUCCUAGAUCCAAAAUCGAAGCUCAUUUUGCCAUUCUUGCGACUGGCCAAGCGAUGCGCCUCGGUGCUCUGCUGUCGCUCCACGCCGCUCCAGAAGGCAUACCUAGUCAAGGUGGUCAAGGAGGAGCUGAACCUGCGGACGCUGGCCAUCGGAGACGGGGCCAACGACGUGUCCAUGAUCCAAAUGGCCGACGUGGGCGUGGGAAUCUCCGGCCAGGAGGGCAUGCAGGCCGUGAUGGCCGCCGACUUCACCCUGUCCCGGUUUCGCUACCUGGAGAGGUUGUUGCUCUCGCAUGGCUACUGGUGCUACGACCGACUGUCCCGAAUGAUUUUGUAUUUCUUCUACAAGAAUGCGGCCUUUGUCUUUCUGAUAUUCUGGUACCAGCUGUACUGCGGCUUCUCCGGCUCCGUCAUGAUGGACCAGAUGUACUUGAUGCUCUACAAUCUGAUCUUCACGUCCCUGCCGCCCCUGGCCAUCGGUGUGUAUGACAAGCGCGUGCCCGAAGACCUCCUCUUGAAGAAUCCAUAUCUGUACAAAAAUGGCCGGCUGGGCGUCGCAUAUAGGCCGCACGACUUCUGGCUGAUACUGCUCGACGCUCUCUACCAGAGCCUGGUCAUAUUCUUCGUGGCGCUGUGCGCCUACGCGGAGAGCGACGUCGGCAUUUGGGAGUUUGGGACGACGAUAACGGCCUCCUGCCUGUUUGCCAACCUGGUGCACUGCGCCAUCGAAAUUCGUUCCUGGACUGUGCUGCACGUCAUAUCCAUAGCGGUUAGCCUAGCUUCCUUCUACCUCUUCUCGAUCGUGUACAACUCCAUGUGCGUCAAUUGCUUCGGCCUGCCCUCCACCUACUGGGUGAUCUUUGUGUGCUUUGGCUCCGCUGUUCACUGGCUGGUGAUACUGCUCUCCACAGUGGUGGCUGUGCUGCCACGCCUUCUACUGACCACCGUGCGCAUCUCGCUCUGUCCCGACGACAGCACCAAAGUCAUUCUGCAGAGCAAGCGGGAGCGCAGCAGAGGUGAGGGUUUAUUAGUUACUUGGUCGCGGUCGACAUCAGCCUCAUCGAUCUAUAGAAUCACCGAUUAUGGGUCUAAGAAUCAGAUUAUAACAACGAUUACCUGAUCGAGCGCCAAAAUGCAACUCAUCGGCUAUCUCGGCACCAUCCUAGGAUAAGGACACGACUAGCAAACCCACAAACUUGAUCACAUGUGCUUUCACUCUAAAUAUGUGGCCUUCGACACCGAUUAUUAAUAACAUUGUAUUAGUUAUAUAGACGUUUAGUUGUUCCGAUUUCUUUGUAGCUUCUCCUCGAGGGACUAGAUUGAAUGUACUUAGUAACCAAUUGAAUUAAAUUGUUUAGCGAAUUAUUUGUUAAAGAAGCGCGUAGACUCCCACUCCCAAUCUGACUCUUAAGUACGGAGGAAAGGAAAGCAAUUGCACUUAUGUAUGUCGUAGUUUACAUAUUUAUUUGUAUAUAAGUUGAGAUUUAGUGAUCUAGGACCGUAGCGAAGCAACCUAAUCGACUAUUGUUAAACAGAAGCGAAAAUACAAUGCUAUUACAGGUCGCUACCACGUACGACUACUUUAACUAGCUAAACUAACUAAUAUGUAAAAUGUAUAUCACCCUAACCGAAAUACUUGACAAUUCAAACACAACAGAACUGCAAUUCGACUGCUAGUUCGAUGAAAAGGCUGUGAUUCUACACUCAUGAAGAAUAAACCUAAGCAUAAGAUAUGUAUACACCUACCUAUAUUCAUAGACCACUAUGUUAGAUGGAUUAAUUUGUGUUUCUUGAUUUGUUGUGCGAGCAGGUGAACCUUUUACUUUUCUAUUGAGACCAUGCACUGACAAGUGGUAUUAAUCGAUUGUUGUAAUCCAUUAGUUGUACUAAACCAUUACUAUACUCCUCGUAGUUCUCUUCAAAAAGAUAACCGUAAGACAACCCCUAAAUGCAAUUCGAAAUUAACUAGGUACGUUAACACGUUAACAGGAAAAUACCAGAGAGCAAAAAUCGUUAGCUGAAUAUUUACAUUGUUGAAAAGCAAGAAAUCAUUAAAUGAAAUAAAUGUAUAUUUACCUUA